AAAAUUAGAAUAUAAAAUUUAAAAUUAAAAAAUAGUAAAAUUAAGUCAACUUAAAAGAAUAUAGAAAAGAGGCAAAUGGAUGCCGGUCAGCUUAGAUUGUUCUGCUGUUCUUAGCUUCAUGAACAAAUUGAUUAAUAAGUCAAACAGUCAAAAGCACUCAGCUUGUUCGACAUUACCCUCUAAACUCACAACAACAAUCACACACUAUUCUUUACUUUCCACAAACAUGAGAAUCUUCAUCACUCACCUUAACUACCUCAUCAUCAUUGUUAUUAGCUUCUUCUUCUUCAUCAUUCCAUCAACCUCUUCGGAUACUUUAACCGGAACACAAAACCUCACAACUAACCAAACGCUAUUAUCACAAAACCAAUCCUUCGUGCUGGGCUUCUUCAGAGGUUCCAACACCAACUAUUACCUCGGAAUAUGGUACAACAACAUCAUUCCUCAAACCAUAAUUUGGGUUGCAAACAGAGACAACCCCAUUGACAACUCUACAGGCUAUCUCAAGAUCGGAGAAAACGGAAACUUUGUCCUCCUUAAUUCACCCGGCAACCCCGCAUGGUCCUCCAACCAAACCAGCGCCAAGAAUCCAGUUCUCCAGCUCCUCGAUACCGGUAACCUUGUUCUCAAAGAUUCAUCAGACAAGACCAAUAAUAACUACUUAUGGCAGAGCUUUGAUUACCCAACGGAUACCGUGAUACCGGGGAUGAAGAUCGGUUGGAAUUUGGACACAGGAACGGAGAAGCAUUUAACAUCAUGGAAGAUCAAGGGUGAAGACCCUUCAAGCGGUGACUACACUUUGAAGAUAGAUUACCAUGGUUUACCUGAGGCUUUCCUCAGGAGAAACCAAACUAUAAUAUUCCGAACUGGACCUUGGAAUGGUGAGAGAUUCAGUGGGGUCCCUGAGAUGAAAAACAAUACCGGUCUCGACUUCAAUUUCUCUUAUGAUGAACAUGGCGUGUGGUACUCUUUUUCCGUUACAAACCUUUCCUUGUUGUCGAGGGUAAUUGUGACAUCUGAUUCUGAUGGCAAGGCGCUUCAACGCUACAUGUUGAUACAAGGAAGUUGGAACAAGUUCUGGUACGAACCAGCUGAUGAAUGCGAUAACUAUAGACAGUGUGGUCCAUAUGGAGUGUGUGACAAGAAUGCUUCACCGAUUUGCAAGUGUAUGCAGGGGUUCAGGCCUAAGAACCAAGAAGCUUGGAACAUGAGAGAUGGAUCUGAUGGGUGUGUGAGGAACACGGUUUUGAAUUGUUCCACUGACAAGUUCUUGCAUCUUGAGAACAUGAAGGUGCCGGAGACAAGCAGUGUGUUUAUGAAUAAGAGUAUGACACUUGAUGAAUGUGGGAGUUUGUGUAAGAGGAAUUGUUCAUGCACUGCAUAUGCAAACAUCGAUAUCAGAAAUGGAGGAAGUGGCUGUGUCAUGUGGCUUGAUCAACUCAUUGACAUGAGUGUAUUCGCUACCUAUGGCCAAGAUCUCUUUGUCAGAUUGGCAGCUGCUGAUAUAGGAUCUACUAGCUCCAACAAGAAUCAUAGAGUAGUUCUGGCUACUGGUAUCUCACUUUGUGCACUUGUUUUAGUUUUGGGAUUGGUCGCUAUUUGUUACUUAAGGAAGAAGAGAAAACAAAAAUCAAGAGGUGAUGAAAGGAACAUGGAUGAUCUGGAAUUGCCAAUGUUUAAUUUUGAUACCUUAAUGAUGGCUACAAACAAUUUCUCUCAAGAUAAUAAACUUGGAGAAGGAGGCUUCGGUAGUGUUUAUAGAGGCAGAUUGAUUGAAGGCCAAGAAAUUGCUGUAAAAAGAUUGUCAGAAGACUCUAGACAAGGAGUUAGAGAGUUUGAAAAUGAAGUAAAAUUAAUGGUCAAACUCCAACACCGAAAUCUUGUUCGAUUGCUUGGUUGCUGCAUUGAGAAGAAUGAGAAAAUAUUGGUGUAUGAAUAUAUGGAAAAUAGAGGCCUUGAUUCCAUUUUAUUUGACGAAUCAAAAAGUCUCUUGCUUAACUGGGAGAAGCGUUUCAAUAUUAUAUAUGGAAUAGCUAGAGGACUUCUUUAUUUGCAUCAAGAUUCAAGAUUUCGAAUUAUUCAUAGAGAUCUCAAGACAAGUAAUAUAUUACUAGAUAUUAAAAUGAAUCCGAAGAUAUCAGACUUUGGAAUUGCUAGAAUUUUUGAUAACGAUCAAACACAAGCAAAAACAGUAAGAGUUGUUGGAACAUAUGGUUAUAUGUCUCCUGAAUAUAUUAUGGGUGGAAACUUCUCAGAAAAAUCUGAUGUUUUUAGCUUUGGAGUUAUAAUAUUAGAAAUUAUAACUGGAAAGAAGAAUAGAAGGUUUUCCAAUAAUAAUGAUGAACUGAAUCUCUUGGAAAAUGUAUGGAGACACUGGCAUGAAGAAACUAUAUUGAAAUUAAUUGAUCCAUCCAUUGGAAAUUUAUAUACAGAAUCUGAAAUUGUAAGAUGCAUACAUAUUGGACUCUUAUGUGUUCAAGAAUGUGCAGAAGAUAGACCAACAAUGUCCUUAGUGAUCUUAUUGUUGAGAAGUGAAGCCCCAUCAAUGCCAAAUCCUAAAAUUCCUGGAUUUUCAGCAAGAAAAAAUUAUUCAGAGACUGAUUUAUCUUCGAGUAAGCAAGAUGAAUCAUGGAGUGUGAAUCAAGUCACAGUCACAUUAUUAAAUGCUAGGUAGUUGUCAUGAUAAAAAAUAAUGUUUCGACAAUCAUGAAUAUCUGUGAUGUUUAUGAACUAAAUCACAAGACUUAUUGCGUAUCAUAAGCAAAAUAAGAAGGAAAUUGCAGAAGUAUAAAAUUAUUCCUGGCUUCUUUAACACAAGACCCUUCAGCAUGAGACCAACUUGGUUAUUGUUCGAACAAUGGACAUCAACGAAGGCAGUUAGUGUUAGACGAGUAGUUAUUUGUUGGCAACCCACAAUACUCAACGUCUGACAAGUUAUCGAGCCUGGAGGUAAUUUGUUACUUGACGAAAGAUGUGUCAAAUGGAAGCAGAGGAGUUCAAUUGAAGAUAGAAGUAAGAUACAACAUAAUUCUUUUGCUUGAUUAUUUGACAAGGAAGGAUGGUACACAACAAAAGUAUCAAGGAGUAAGUUCAACAAGUGGAGUAGUAGUUGAUAGUCUGUUGGCGGGAAUAAUUAUUGGCGAAAUAAUUUGUCUUGUCACGUGUCACUGUGAGAUUGGUCGAACCUGUCUAUUAGUGUUGAGGAGUGACAAAGAAUUAAAAAUUUCUUGCAGAAAGCACACUUAUUCCCUCACAUAUUUCAACGAUUUUCUGUGAUCCUGUCUAAGUUUUUUUUGUAAG